CGGGAGCCGGAGUCAGUGUGAGUGUCGGCGGACGAUCCGCCAGCUCCCUCCCUCCCUCUCGCCCGCCCGCCGCGACUCUCCAUAAAAAUGCAACACUCCGCUUGCUGACUCCCUGACAGAACUGGAAAACAUAUAUAUAUAUAUAUAACAUCCACGGACACUUACUCCUCUCAGCGAAAUAAAAAUGUUCACGGACACUUCGAAAGAUUCAUUUGCCCUGGAUGUGGCUCUAAUUUCGGCAGCUGUGUUCAUUUGUCUCGCUGCUAUGGUCGCCAUGUGUGGGAUCUGCAAAUGGUGUCAACACAGGCUGGGGAAACGACACAAGAGUUCUUUGGAGGCAGUCACCACACCAGACUCCAAUCGAGGCCGCAUCGAGAAGAAAGCCAUCAAUGAUCUUGACAAAGACUUUUGGAAUAACAAUGACAGCACAGUACAAAAGAAAUGGAGUUCCUACCCUCCAAAGGAGUUCAUUCUAAACAUUUCGCCUUAUGCACCAUAUGGUGACCCUCGUCUUUCACUCAAUGGCUCUCUCAUGUCCGGUAACAAAGCUCCAGUAGCUGAAAAAGAAACACGCACGGCCGAGAAGCAAACCCGCAGCAACAGCAUGAAGAGCAGUGGAUCUUCCAACAGUAAUCGGGGUGAAGCUGCCAAUGGGAAGGUUGGGAAAGGUGGGCGAUGGUACACAGUGCAGAGUCUCCUAGCGUCGGGCAAGCUCAACCAAGCUAACUUGGAUGAGCCGUCUUUGUCAGCAGCCUCCACGCUAGAACACAUAUCCACUCCGCCAGGGGACCAGCCGUCGAAAUGCCCACGACCUCGGACGCUGCAGAGGCAGCAGAGCCUCCAGCAGCCAUUGCAGCAGCAUAGACCUACCCACCACCAGCCUGCCACCAGCCAGAGCCUCGGGCAGCUUCAGUUCCAGCAACAGUCAACCUCGGGCAGCCGGUCUCCCUACAGAGCCCAGCAAAGGGCGGGCUGUACAGCAGGCACGCGCAGUCGCACGGCAGGCGGACGCAGCCGUUCCAAUCCCGGGAGCUGGGACUACGUCAUGGGACAGCUCCGUAAUCGAGGGUUAGAUAUGAAGUCUUUCCUUGAAGGCCGGAUGGUGGUCCUGUCCCUGGUUAUGGGUCUGACAGAACAGGAUGACUUUGCAAAUAUCCCCGAUCUACACACCAGCAACAGCCAACAAAUCCAAGGCACGCAGUCAGACAAAAGGUUGCCCACUGGAAAUAAGCCAGUGAACACCACUCCUGUGCAAGGGCAGGUUUCUCAGGAUGAUUUGGACAGAAGAACAGAACCUCGCUCCUCAGUCUCAGACUUGGUCAACUCCCUUACAAGUGAGAUGCUAAUGUUGUCGCCUUGUUCUGAAGAUGACCACGAGGGAAGUUCACGUGAGAACCUUGGUCGGAUUCAGUUCAGUGUUGGCUACAAUUUCCAAGAAUCUACCUUCACCGUGAAAAUACUGAAAGCUGUGGAGCUGCCAGCAAAGGACUUCAGUGGUACCAGCGACCCGUUUGUUAAAAUCUACCUGCUCCCUGACAAAAAACACAAAUUGGAAACAAAAGUGAAAAGAAAGAAUUUAAAUCCACAUUGGAACGAGACAUUUCUUUUUGAAGGCUUCCCCUAUGAGAAAGUGGUGCAGCGAGUGCUCUACCUCCAAGUCCUCGACUACGAUCGUUUCAGUCGGAACGAUCCGAUCGGAGAGGUUUCGUUACCGCUGAACAAGGUGGAUUUGACACAGACACAGACGUUCUGGAAAGAACUAAAGCCAUGCAGUGAUGGAAGUGGAAGUCGAGGAGAACUUCUCUUGUCAUUGUGUUACAACCCUACUACCAACACUAUCACUGUGAACAUAAUUAAGGCAAGGAAUCUGAAAGCCAUGGACAUAGGGGGUACAUCAGAUCCCUAUGUUAAAGUUUGGCUCAUGUACAAAGACAAGAAAGUGGAAAAGAAGAAAACAGCUGUGAUGAAGAGAUGCUUAAACCCCAUCUUUAAUGAGUCUUUCGCGUUCGACGUACCAACAGAAAUAUUGAGGGAGACAACUAUUAUAAUUACUGUGAUGGAUAAAGACAGGCUGAGCAGAAAUGAUGUUAUUGGAAAGAUUUACUUAUCUUGGAAAAGCGGUCCCGGUGAGGUCAAGCAUUGGAAGGAUAUGAUUGGGAGACCACGACACGCUGUGGCUCAGUGGCAUCAACUCAAGGCAUGAUUUUUCAUCAAAUCAAAGAAGUUUGCAUUUUAAGUAUGCACAAUGAAGCACCUGGACUAACGUCAUGGAUUACUCAGCCAUCAAUCUGGGAGUCCAGCAGCCAAUCCAUACACCAUGGACUUUAUAGCAUUGAGCUGCCAGGGACAUUUUUUUAAGUCGAGAGGUCAUAUCCACCUUGUGCUUCAACGACCAUCUCCAACCCAGCACUCUGCACCCUCCACCCCAACCUCCUCCCUCGACAAAAGAAAUUUGCAUUUUUUGGUCGCGAUACAACUCAUUCUGUGUUCGCGGCGAGUAGUCACAUGGCUUCGACUUUUAGUUUCAAUUUUUCCGGUGACAAAAAAAAAGCAAAUUGUUCUUCCAGUAGUGAGCGAGUUUAUAGCUUUGGAAAAAAAAAAUUACGUGUCAUUUUUUUUCCAAAAUAAGAAGGUAUUUUAAUUUUCUGGUGCAGACGUUUAUGCUUAUGGUUCUAAAGACUACUUUUUUAUUUAUCUUGAUUAACCUAGAGGGUGAGGAAACAUGAGAAAACAGGAAUUUAAAAUCUGUGUAUGUCUCUGUGUGUGUGUUGUGUGUCAGUAACUGUAUAAAGUGUGUUUUGGUGCACACAAAAGAAUAUUCAGCCACGCCCUUAAUGCGUGGGUUAUUUUCUCUGCACUUUUUAAAAUUAACAGAUUUGGUUAUGAAAAAAAAAAUGCAAUGGAGGGAUUUGGGGUUUCUAGAGGUGGUUUUUAAGUGGGCAAUGUCUGGUUUACACAGUAUUUCAACUUGCUUCUCCUUCAUCCAGGCCUUAUAGAGCUACUGUACUGGAAAACAAAAAUCCCAAAGGAUUACCAUGCAGAAAAUCUAUAAUGUUGCACACAGUAUUUGCCUGCCAAUCCAAAGGCGACAGAUAGCAAUUGUAAAAUAUUGUAUUGAUAUUCCUGUAAAAGUACUGUCAAGUAACAUUGUAGAUCACCAUGCAUUUUCUGGACACUUCUGUAUUAUCAGGUGCAUGAAAAACAACAUUAUUUGGUGGUGAGUAAAAUUCCAUCAUUUGGGUUAUUUGGAUGAAUUUAUGAAGGCUAAAGGCUGGGGUUGGGGCAGUGCCGCAUAGACACUGAGCACAGAUCCAGAGUUCUUAACAACAACACCAACAACAAAAUCCCUGUCCUAUCCUCCUCUUGAUUUACAUGUCUCUAUCACAAUCAGACUGAGAAGUUAAUUGAAGAUCUAAUUUUCCAAUCAGAGAAUCGGAUAUUGCAUCUUGUUCUGGGCCACUGAAUAGUUAACUGCAACGUAGACUUCAUAGAAAAAAUGUAGGUAUCUCAGUGCAGUAUAGAGUAUUAUUUGAAGUGGCGCAGUGAGUGUGGUGCGGGUGUAUGGAAGGAGCUGCCAGAGAAGGUAUUUGAAGCAGAUACUAUAACAGCAUUGAAAAGAGAUUUGGACAGGUGCAUUGGUAGGAAAGCUAUGGACCAAAUGCGGACAGGUAGGACUCGUACAGAUGGGCAUCUUGGUUGGCAUGGGAAAGUUGGGCCGAAUGGCCUGUUUCCAUGCUGUAUGACUCUAUGACGGGAUCUGGAAUUCAACUUUGGUUGCCAAUUUGAGGCAUGUUUUUGAAAAUAGGUGACAGGCUCCCGUUGGCUUUGAGCUACUCUUACAGAUCUACUAAUACAGCAAUGUUUCCAACAGGCAGGGGUCUUGAGAUAAAAAUCAUGACCAUUUCACAUCCUGUUCCCACUCUACAAUGUGUGCUCCACAAUGUAGAAUUUCAGGCAGAGAAAUUGAAUUCAAAAAUCCUUAGUAAAGUACAUCUGUAGUUCCUUGUGUCUCAAUCCCCAAAUCUAUUUUUGCUUCGGGGAUAUAUUGGGCCAACAAAGGGAGUGAUCAUGUACAGUUAGUUAUCAAGUAAAUCUCUUGCAAUAUCAGCCAAUGCUAAACCAAGUCUGUUCUGAACAGUAUGUUGAUAAUAUCUGCUAGAAAUAGCCAUCAUCUGUGGAAAUAUAUAGACACAUUCACUCAGAGUAUUUCUUGUGUUGCUGCCAGGGCCAUGUCCCAUAUUAUGGCCCAUUUAUGCCGUGAUCCCAUGUUAAUUAGAACAGGGAUAGUUCUACCCGCAGUCACUUCUUGUUAAGUGAGUGAUAGCAUCUUCCCAACAGUCCGGGCUUUAUAUGAAUCGAGAGAUGAUGAGCCAGCAUUUAACUCUGAGCCAUAUGUUCCUAUAUCUUGCACCUAAAUCCAUAUUGAUCCCAUUAAAUGACUCUGUUUAAGCUGUGGUUCUAUGAAGAUUGGUAGGUAAGAGCAGGGGCGGAAAACCCGGGGGGGCCAGAGGGGACACGUCCCCUCCAUGUUUUGAGAGGUGGGGGACAUUCCCCCCAAGUUUUUGUGAUCCCGAUUUUAAAAUCUCCGCUUUUAACGCUGGAUUAAGCCUCCGAAGCCUCGCGCGCGCGUGUGUGAGUGUGCACAUGCACGAGUGGCCGCCAAAAUAUAGUGUCCCCCGUCCCCUCCAUGUUUUGAUAGUGAGUUCCGCUCUUGGGUAAGAGUAUGUUUUCCGAUUGUACAUCUAGUUUUAUUUAUCAGAGAGAACAUUAGGCAUGAAGGACGUGAUUGUGCGUUCAUUGAUUCUUGAUCUUAUGUUGCCAAUCAACUCCUCUCGAUCGAAGUUCUACAUUUGCAUCACAUGUGUCGAGAUUUGGUUUCAUAAUGCUAGUACUCCCUUCAGUGUGGGGAGCGUAAACAUUUGGUGUUUCUGAUCCCAGUCCUUUAAAGCCUUUAUUCAAAGUACCCCAAUUAUUUAUGAAUGUUCCUCAUUCACUUGCAAAAUUCAAGAAGGAAAUCCCAUAUCCCCAAUGGAGUGGUAUUAAUUUUAUAUUUAGCAGAAGUCUACAGUAACAGGUGAACCUGUGAAAACAUUCUGAUUUUCACCUCGCAAGCUAAGAUGCACCCUUCAGAUGAACAUCAGCAUUUUGGUUUUAGUCCUCCACACAACCAAAAGCACACACAACUGCUCUAGAUUGGCUUGCCUUUGCAAUAACACAUCCCCUGUCUGAGAUAUUCUAAUGGUUUUAUUCUUCCUCUUUUCUAGGCAAAUUAUACUCAGGGGCACAGUGAGGAGUUGUUGAUAAAUAUUACCAAAGGUCUGGGUUAAAUUAAGAAAAAGAAUCAGGAAGAUUCACAACAAAGUGAGCAAUGACAAAGGGCUACACAGUAAGCAAAAACCAUUGUUAUAGUUGGGACGGCCAUGCUACAAAUGGCCCUCCUCUCUGCUCACUCCAAUCCCCAAGUGACAACAUUUUACUAUCCUUUUGUGUGUUAGGAUACUAAGUUUAAAUGAUGUUCGCUACCAGGAUCUAAGGCAUUCACUAAUCUAACAUAUUUCAAAUAAUUAAAAUAUUACUUAAUUAAAAUCCUUUUCAAUAUUGGGCUUACCUGGCACUGGAUACUGAGUUUAUCAAACUUUCCCUUGUCUCCCGCUCCUCACAGCCUUUCCCACUGACCCAACUCUAAGGAAAAUAAAUAAUGAUUUUUACUGCUUUUAAUGAUUUGAUAUUGUGGUGAGAAAACCCUAAAAUCAUGAGAGAAUUAUAAUAUCUUCCAUAUUUUAGGGAACAUUUCAAAGAGUAUAUUUUCAGUAGUAAACCUUCACUAAACAUUCACUGUCUGCCAAACAUGCUUUAAAGAUUACAAAGUGAUGCAAGAAUUCCUCAGAGGCAUGAUGGCCAUUGUUUACGUUUUCUUCAUCAAUAUUUUCAGGUUCCUCAGUUGUCAUAUUAAUUUUUUUUGAUGCUGUUGAUUAUAUGUUAAACAGAAUUAAUUUAGCUAAUGUUCCUUUUAUUUAUUACAGUGCCUAGUCCCCAUUUGGCAUGUAGUUAAUCCGUAUUUGGUGAGCAUGGUGGGACUUGCAUACAAAACAAAGUCUUGCACUGUAUCUCAGUACAUGUGACAAUAAUGAUAAACCAAACCAUUUGGCUACAUUAAAUUAUAAAGAUGAUUUAAAUUCCUGCGUUAAGAUUUUGGAACACAAUUUAAGCAGCAGGCUGCCACGGAAAUUGGUGUCACUUUCUCUUAAUUCCAGAGAUCCAAAUUUGAUCUUGACCUUGGGUGCUGCCUGUGUGGCAUUUGGAUAUUUCAUAUAACUGUGUCAGCACAUGAACAGGCCCUUCAGCCCACAAUGUCUUUAGACUUUAGAGAUACACCAUAGCAUUAAGGUGAAAGGAGCAACGUUUAAAAGAGUUGUGCGAGGCAACUUUUUUUACACAGAGAGUGGUGAGUGCCUGGAACACGCUGCCUAGGAUGGUGGUGGAGGCAGAUACAAAAGUGGCAUUUAAGAGAGUUUUGGAUAGGCACAUGGAUAUGCAGGGAAUAGUGGGAUAUGAUUUAUUUACAGGUAGAUGAAAGUCAGUCUUGACAUCAUGUUCGGCACAGACUUUGUGGGCCGAAUGGCCUGUUCUUGUGCUGUACUGUUCUAUCUAUGUAAUACAGUUAAAUGUGAGUGUUCCUGCAAGCAGUUCUGUAGUUUGUAUUACAUUCACCUCCUCUCCACUUUACUCCUUUCAAAGAAUAAAGUGUUGGAGGAACUCAGCGGGUCAGGCAGCACCUGUGGAGGGAAUGGACAAACAUCCUAUGAACCGUGCCAACCCGAAAUGACAAUGACCAAAAAGCUGAUCCAUUCCCCUUGCCUGACCUGCUGAGUUCCGCGAACGUUUUGUUCAAGGUUUCAGCAUCUGCUGUCUCUUCGUUCUCCUCUUCCCUCUUUUCAUGGGAGUCACCAUCCUUACAGAGAGAAACCUCUCUCCCCAUGUUACAAGAGUCCCAUUCAGGCUUUGUCAUUUACAAGUUAUUUUUAAAUCUUUUACCAGGUUUGAUCUCUCUUUUCGUGACUACAUCUAAUCUUGUCAUAAUUUUGAAUCACUUAUCUUGUUUCCCUUUUAUCCCCUUACAUUUCGUAUGGCCAGAAAUAGGCCAUUCGGCCCUUCGAGGCUACUCCGCAAUGUCUAUUUUAACAGAAUUUUGAAGAAAUUAUUCUAUGUAUUAAGUUCUCCUAAAAUUAUGUUUCAAUGACACACAAAACAUGUUUAAGAAAACUUACUUUCAUUCUACAAAAAUUGUACCUUUGCUGAGAUCCAGUAAAAUGGCUUUAAAUUAUCCAGAUUUUUUUAGUGGAGGGUUAAUCAUAUUUAAAUAAUGUUCUUUUUCUUCAAUAGCCAACAAAACCUUCCAUUUUUAUUUGUAGGAUUAAUGACUUUCAGGCACUUAAAUGACCAGGUUUGUAGGUAUCUGCUUGGUUAGCUGGUCCCAUGAGAUUGUGUUCACAUAAAGGUCAAGUCACUGGAUGGAAUUGUUUUGGUGUGAAUCAUCGCAGUAACAAGACUCGUGGGGGAGUGGGGACUGACUACAUCCUGUGGCCCCUUCUCCUAGCCCUCUUCAUUUCCUCAUCAUUUUCUUACAUUCUUAUAACCCCCCUGCAAUUCAAAAUGGUUCCAUUGUGCAUAUAGAAGAGUAUAGAUGUGGCUCUACUGAUCCCAGCAGCUUUUAAACAAGCAAUCAUUACCAUGGACAUGCCUGCAACAUCUCUUUUGAUUUGAACUUAUGAAGAUUAGUGCAAUUUGGGAGUAGAAGUAUCAUCUUUCUCACAAGCUGACACGAGCAAUUUUGUUUUGUCAUCUUAGCAAACCAUUGGGCAUUUAAUUUAUGGUAUAUUUGCAAAUUAUUUUGAUUUGAUCAGAUGAAAAGUUGAAAGUGUAACACCUAGGAUGAUUUCCAAUAGAUUUCAAUACCUUAGCCAAGGUUGUGUUUCCUAGGCACCAUAUGCACAAAAUGCAAUUGAGAGAAAACCUCACAAAUUCCCGGGAUGACGGAAUAGAAGGCGGUGCUGUGGAGAUGGAUAAUGUAGGGUAGAUAAUGCUUGUGUGGAGCAUAAAUGGGAGCUUGGAUCAUCUGUCCCUGCACUGCACAUCCAAUGUGAAUCCAGAUAAUCACCUACAAGCAGGAAUGCCAUCCAAGUAACUCAGACAACAGCAACACCUCCCACAGCCCACUGUGUGUUGGCUGACAAUGUCGCUCAGACAAAAAAGCAGAAAGACUUGUAUUUAUACAAGCUUCUUUCUUGACCUCAGGAUCCCCAAAGUGCUUUACUGCUACUGAAGUACUUUAACAAUGCAGUGGCUGUAGUGGUAAUCUUGGAAAUGCAGGGCAGCAGGUUAUGGAUAAAAUGGAUGAUUUGGCUGCAUCCUUGACUGUGGGAUAAACAGAAUGGUUGAGUUAAUAAUAUUGCUCUUCUAAUAAUGCCAUAGGAUAUUUUACAUCCCACUGAUAAGGACAUCAAAAGUCCUGUUUAAUGCUUCAUCUGAAAGAACAGUCCAGCACUCCUCCUUUGAUGGUGAGUAGUGGCUGACACUUCAUCCAGAAUGAAGGACCACACUGUAAAUAUCUUGGUCCACCCCAGCUGUACACUGACCAUUGCCUCUACAAACAGGGUCACUGUCAUUCUAUCAGGGAAUGAUCUCACAUCUCCUGAAUAUUUGAUUUAGAUUAAGAUUUAGGGAUAUUUGCUUCUCUUGCAGUUAGUUAAAGCACACUCAAGCGGUGAGGAGGAUAGGGUUUGGAAGAUGUUCUGCCUUGGGCUGGUUAGUUUGACCUUGUCAGACAGGAGUUGAUCAUAAAGUGAUAAUUCUUUGCCAUUUUGUACAACCCAUUUCACAACACAUCUCUUGGAAUUCCACCCAAUAUAAAAUGGCAGAUUUCAAGGGACAUUGUCUUUUUUUAAUAACCAGGCCUUUUCUUAUUCCCAAAUGAGGAGACGGUUUGGCUACUGUUUAUAGAGAGAAAAGACCCCCUUAAUAGGGAUAAGUGACCCCCCAAUGCUAAUACAAAGAUCAAAUGCCAACUUACUAGUCUCAGGUGUGUUUCUCUAGCUGUUUGCUCCCUGCCAAAUUGUUUUGUAGUAUGUGCUAGAUACAUUUCCAGUAAAACUUUUAACGACAGAUGUUUAGCUAGAACCUUGAACAUCAAUGGAGUGAUACGGUGCUAAUUGAUUUUCAGCAUACAAAUGAAUUUGUAUGAAUUUCCCAGGCCACUAUUUUAACAAAGAUGCAUAGUAUGAUUUUUAAAUUACAAGUUAUUUCUACUCCUCAUUCUCCAUCACCAGUUUGACAAGUGACUCUCUAUCCCUAUGUAAGGACGGAUCCUUGGUUCCGUUAACAUUUGCUGUAUAAACCAGAUAUUGCAUUUUCUUUGCAGGUUAACGUUUUGUUUUUUGCCUAGUCUUACUUUCAAAGCUACUGAAAAUCAAAGCUGUUGUGUGACCUGCUACACACCUUGAAGUUUAAAGGAAAGUCAGAAAUUCAUUUAUUGUAGUUGGCUGAAUCCCAUUUUGGUCAGACCAGCCAGUGGAAUGCUGUUGAAUUAUUCGGGCUCAGGAGAUGUUGCUUAGACUCCUCACUUCAAUAGGGUCUCUCCGAUUGACAAAUAGUGGAGCAAAUUCAUUGACCAACUCUAAACUCUUCCAAAGCUCCUUUCUUCCCCCUGCUAUAAAUUGAUCGGAACAAGUGUCCAGUGAAUUCACAAAUGUGACAAUACACAAAGAUCUAAAAGGUGGGAUUACUCCCCAAAGUACGUUAAGGACCUGUCGUGCUGUUGUAGGACAUAGGAAUUAAUCAUUAAUUAAAGAAAACACAGGUCACUGAAGCUAUAUACCCAACUCCUUCACCCCACCUGAUCAGAUAUCCAAACAAAGACAGACACAAAGUACUGGAGUAACUCAGCAGGUCAGGCAGCUUCCCUGAGGAACAUGGAUAGGUGACGGUUUGGGUCGAGACCCUUUCUCGGUCUGAAGAGGGUCCUGACCUGAAACGUGACCUAACCACGUUCUCCAGGGAUGCUGCCUGACCCACUGAGUUACUCUAGCAUUUGUGUCUGUGUCUUAUUGUAAACCAGCAUUCCUUGUUUCCGUGCUGAUCAGAUAUCCAACUUGGUUAAUCUUCAAACAAAAUUCUUGGCCUAAAAUUAGGAAGUGAAUAGAAAGGGGAAAUUGAUAUAAAAUGUGAUUUUGUGAGAAAAAAAAAAAAGAUAAGUAUAUGGCUGUAGGGGGUCACACUUAUUACGUUUAUUUGACUCAAGUGAUUUCACCAUAUCACCUCCUGACUCCCAACAACAGUCAGGGUCAAAUGUACUAUUCUGUAGAGCUGGUCCAGGUUUAGUUAAUGACAAAAAGCAGCUUGCAAAAAAAAAAUCUCAAUUUAAAAGCAAAAACCAAACCAAAGCGUGUAUCCAAUGUUUGGAAAUAUUUGGGAGGAAAGGAAUUCUGAUUUGUAAAGUAAACGCCAAGAGUAAUAAUUACAAUAACAAGCAAUGAAUACUGCAGCAAGUCAACUCGCGACAGAGUGCCAUCUCCCUAACUGGGACUAAUCCCUGGUGUGGACCACAUUCCCUUUGCCACUUUCAAACCAUGUACAGAAAACCAGGAAGAAGUAGAAAGUAUACUUCUACUUUCUUUGUGAAACGGUUGGUGCUGAAAGAAUGUGUCUACUGUACUUCUGCCAGUAAAUAUGGGAAGCAAACAGAAACAUGUUGCCUGACUAAGGCACGGUGGGCCUUCAAAAGGUUUGAGUUUGCUCCCCUUGUGUCUGUGUGUUGUGGGGAGGAGGAGAGGGGUGGGGAAGAAAGUGGUGUGCAAUACAAUUUGUGGUAGAUUUGGAACUAGGCUAUAAUGGUUAACAAAAAAAGGAUCUCAGCUUUAAACAUAAGCCUUAGUUUUUGUGGAUAAAUAAUCUUGGCAAGUAUCCUAUCCCUUGUGAUCAGGGUAUGGAUAGCAUAAACAGAUGUAUUUUAUGUUUACAUUGAAUGCUAGUUUGGCUGCAGUCAAAGUUUCAUAUAAAUUAAUAUAUGGUUAGGUUUUUACAAAUCUGUGUACAGACUGUUUAAUCUUAAUGCAAGGUGAUGCAGUCCUGAAUUUAUUGCUUUUUUUGGUCCUUUCUUUAAAAAAGGACUGGGCAUCUUUACGCUCUUGUAAGAGAUGAAUUAAAGAGACUGCAAUGGCUUCUUUGUCACAAAUUGCGAUGUAACAUUUGCCAACUUUGUACAGGAUAUUCAUGAUGCAUAGGUUUAGCUGCCAAGUGGUAUAUUGAUAGAAAAAAAAACAGUUUGGUCUGGCUGAAGUCAGAUGUACUUUAUCGGGAUAAUGACAGAGCUUUAUUCUGUUAGUUGACUUCUGAUUCAAGUUUUUAAGAAGUUCUAUAUCAUAAUAAAAAUAAAAUAAGACUUGUUCAUAGUUUGAGCAAUAUUUGAAUACAGAAGCACAUCUAUCUGUUAGUAUUGAUAUAGUAUCUGUCUCCAGCCAGCCUUUGUAGAUGAUGUCUUUGAACUUCAGUCCUCAUCCGGUCUCCUUGUACUGUUCUUUAUCUUUCCCCCCCAGUAAUCUGAUCCAUUUCAGAUUAACUGUGCAGAUGGUACCUCAACAAACAACACUGAUAGAUAAAGAUUGUAAUUUUUAUUGUGUUUGGUAGCUAAUGUACUUCAUGAAGGUAAAUUAUUUUGUAUGAGAUGACUUCAUCUAUAUUAUGUAUAUGGUAGAGUAUUUCUUUCUGAGAUUAUAUAUUUUGAAAUUUUACUCUUUUUUGUGGAAAAAGUCCUAGUUAUGAUUAAUAAACAGUAGGAAACCAUCCAUUUGCUUUCUGUGC